GUCCGGAGGAAGAGGAGGGGCGUGCUCCACCGGAGAGCCGACUGGGUGGUUUAGGGGUUUGUUAGCGUGCGGGAAGCUUCCCUAGAAUGAAAGGGAGACUCACAUUCAACAGGGAAUCAAAUUAAAAUUACACCAGACCCAGAGUCUAGAACUCAAGGUGCUACACUCUGGGCGUGUGUCGUCACUUGUGUGCGAGGCCUUCGGACAUGGGAAAGUCGAGUUCUGAUUGGGCGGCGCCGUAAAGGUGGGGGGGACUGCUACCCGAAUGUUACUCUGAUCCUGUCUGCCUAGCAGCAUGAGGCAUCGCACCCUAAGCUCCAGCCCGGCCCUCUGGGCCGCUAUCCCGUGUCCACGCUCUGAGCUGCGUCUGGACUUGGUUUUAGCUUCUGGUCAGUCCUUCCGGCGGGACAUUGGUAAGACAGGAAGGACCUUAAAGAGUUCAAGAUGGGUAACGGUGCUAGGGAUGUCUGCUGGGGUGCCCAGGUGGAAGGAGCAAAGCCCUGCUCACUGGAGUGGCGUGCUGGCAGAUCAAGUGUGGACACUGACUCAGACCGAGGAUCAGCUCUAUUGCACCGUGUACCGGGGAGACAGCACCCAGGUCGGCAGGCCCACCCUAGAGGAGCUGGAAUCCCUACACAAGUACUUUCAGCUAGAUGUCAGCCUGGCUCAGCUAUAUAGCCAUUGGGCUUCUGUAGACUCCCACUUCCAAAGAGUGGCCCAGAAAUUCCAAGGUGUGAGACUGCUGAGACAAGAUCCCGCUGAAUGUCUUUUCUCUUUCAUCUGUUCCUCCAACAACAACAUUGCUCGAAUCACUGGCAUGGUGGAACGGCUAUGCCAGGCCUUUGGACCUCGACUCAUUCAGCUUGAUGAUGUCACUUAUCAUGGCUUCCCAAACCUUCAUGCCCUGGCAGGUCCAGAAGUAGAGACUCAACUCAGGAAGUUGGGCCUGGGGUACCGUGCCCGCUAUGUAUGUGCCAGUGCCAAAGCCAUCCUCGAAGAGCAAGGUGGGCCAGCUUGGCUGCAGCAGCUUCGAGUGGCCCCUUAUGAAGAGGCCCACAAGGCCCUCUGCACCCUGCCAGGGGUGGGCGCCAAGGUGGCUGACUGCAUCUGCUUAAUGGCCCUUGACAAACCCCAGGCUGUGCCUGUGGACGUCCAUGUGUGGCAGAUUGCCCAUCGUGACUACGGCUGGCAUCCUAAGACAUCCCAGGCUAAGGGCCCGAGCCCUUUGGCCAACAAAGAACUGGGAAACUUUUUCCGGAAUCUGUGGGGACCUUAUGCUGGCUGGGCCCAAGCAGUGCUGUUCAGUGCUGACCUUCGCCAGCCAAACCCAUCUCGGGAGCCACCAGCAAAACGCAAAAAGGGAUCUAAGAGGCCAGAGGGAUAGGUAGGGCCCAGGGGACAAAAGAUGUCAUUGAUAUUUUUCCCUUUGUUCUCCAUUUCUUUCCCUUGUCCCCACCCAGUCUCAUUCCUACUUCAGAGGCCAGUACCCCAAAUCAAACGGUCAAUUUUUACAACAGGGAGCAAGGAAGCUAUUUGAGCAAACAGAACUGUCUUGUUUUAUCUUCCCUUUAUUACAAGAAAGAACAAUAAAAUAGAAACAUUUGUAUG